GAGCAGAACAGUGAAUCAGCACGAGAUCAAAGUGUUCUAAUGAUCAGACUCUUAGAACUGUAAAACUGUCACAACCAACUUCUGUAAAAUCAUCGAUACAAAGAAGCAUGAAAACUGUGUAGAUCACUGGAUAUAGCUAAGAUCUGGGAGAAAGCUUCAAAGAGACUCAGCCUAAACCAAAGGAACUAGGGAUGUCUGACAGAGUGUACCUGUUUCAGCAUCAGAACUACCACGCCCUGAAGCGAGCGUGUUUGAGACGAGCAGCUCUAUUCCAGGACCCCUUCUUUCUUGCCUCUGCUCAGUCGCUUUUCUACAAAAGAGCACCACCUCCAGGACUCACGUGGAAGAGACCAAGGGAGCUGUGUAGGGAUCCUCGACUCUUUGUGGAUGGAAUCAGCACCAGAGAUCUGCACCAGGGCAGUCUGGGUAACUGUUGGAUGGUGGCAGCUAUAUCCUGUCUGGCCACAGAGCCCUCACUUUGGAAAAAGGUCAUCCCAGAUCACAUGGAGCAGGAAUGGAACCCUAAGCAUCCAUACCUGUAUGCUGGGAUUUUCCACUUUCGAUUCUGGCGAAUGGGCCAAUGGAUGGACGUGGUGGUAGAUGACCGCUUACCGGUCAGUGAGGAUGGAACUUUGCUCUUCUGUCGCUCAGCAUCACCUCGGGAAUUCUGGAGUGCCCUGUUGGAGAAAGCUUAUGCCAAGUUGAAUGGUUGCUAUGAGGCCUUAGAGGGAGGUAACACCGCUGAAGCGCUUGUGGAUUUCACUGGUGGAGUGUCCGAAUUGCUGAGUCUGGACCAAGAGGCUCUAAGCCAACAUGCUGAGCAGAGGCGGGCACUGUUCCAGAUGUUAGCAAAAGCACACAGUCGCAAAGCUCUCAUCACAUGCUCCAUACGGCCAGCAGAAGGAGAACUUGUGGAGUCAGUGUUGGACUGUGGCUUAGUGAAGGGCCAUGCAUACAGUGUUACUGAAAUCAGGAAGAUCCGCCUGGGGGAGACACUUUUGGGCAUUUGUGGAACAUCCCGGAUCUACAUGGUGCGCAUGCGGAAUCCCUGGGGCAUGGCAAACUGGACUGGGGCCUGGAGUCAGGGAUCGCUACAGUGGCAGCGGACUGAGCGCAGCGAGAGGGAGAAAAUGGGACUCGUCGUCAGAGAUGUAGGAGAGUUUUGGAUGGAGUUUGGGGACUUCUGCCACUACUUCACAGACAUGGUCGUGUGCAGACUGGUGAAGCGCUCCCUGCUUUGGACCCGGCACCGCUGGGGAGAGGAGUGCCUCCUGGGUGAAUGGACCCACGCCCCUAUAGACACCCCACUGAAGGGCUGCGACUGGGCCUAUCCUGCUCCUGCCUCGAGAGGAGGCAGGAGAGAAGAGCAUCUGGACAAAGGGCAGCAGGACCAGAGGAGGGCCUACGGAGAGAAGCAAAAGAAGAAAGAGAAGGGUGAAGAGCAAGCGUGGCAAGUGAGAGAGGGAAAGAGAUUGCAGAAGAAAAGGGAGAAAGUCCAUAGCAGAGAGGAGGAGGGAGUUGCUGAGGAUGAAUGGGAGAGAGAAAUGGACAGAAGGAGUCGGUGUGGGGGGUGCAGUAACUUCAGAGAAACAUUUCUUCAUAAUCCUCAGUUCAUGUUUGAGGUAGGAAAAGAGGAAAAUGAGGUACUGAUAUGCCUGCAGCAGGAAGACAGAAGGAUUAAAAGGAAAGAAGGAAGCGGUGAAAAUCUUCCAAUCGGCUUUGAGGUUCUGAAGGUGGAGGUGAAUCGCACGUGUAGGGUGCAGCGCUUUGGUGAGCAGGCUGCCAGCUCUGUCUAUAUGGACUCCCGCAGUGUUGCCCUGCGUGUGACUCUGGGCCCCGGCCGCUAUACCGUCGUGCCCACCACCUUCCAACCAGGGGUCAACGGGCGUUUCCUGCUCCGCCUGUUUUCACACACAGACAUGAAGCUCCGGGAGUUGAAGGAGGAUCUUCCUGUUCCCUCACUGUGGUGGUGCUGUGGGCCUCAGCUCUGUGCUGUAACUACAAUACACCUGCACAGAGCUUCCAUGCUCAGUCAGUCCAAACAGCCAGCUCCAGAUGUGUAUGCUGUCAUUAGGUGUGAGGAGGAGACUAUAAGGACACGUGUGUUUAAGAAAGAUGGAAGUCCUGAAUUUAACACUAAAGUGAUUUUCUAUCGAAGGAGGCCUUACACAAAAAUCUCCAUAACGUUGUGGAGAAGAGGUUUGCCAUUUGACUCCUUCCUUGGAGGAGCUCAUCUUCAAAUAGGGGACAGUGAAAAUGAGAGGAGCAGAGUGGUUGAUCUCCGAGGUGGCCAGUCUUGCGGUUACAUCUACAUUGAGACUUCUAGCAGUCAGUGCUUGACUGACUUAUGAUGGCAGCUGGACUUCUGUAAUACUAAGAGCUGAAGGGUGGCAAAACCUUUGUGCGAAUAGGGUUGGGCAAAUGUCUCCUUUUAAGGUGUGGUGGUGUCAUGUAUUUGCCAACCUUCUGAUUGGUCAGGAGACCCACAGACCAUGAUUAUAAGAUAGGAAUCUCCCUCAGCCCAAGGUGAGGAGGGACAUGGAAGUUAUUUCAACAACAUCAGCUUCUCACUGGUUGAUCUGGCUGACCCAACGAGGUUAAAAGAACACCAGCUUCUCUGUGCUGUGCAUGUUUAGUUAUUUAAGGGAAGAAAAUGUGCAGUUAUCUGCUGGUCAGAUAUUUUAAAUACAGAUUUGUUAUAUACGGAUACUUAUGAUAUUGAUGAUGAUGCUAUGCCUUUAAAAAUCUUUUUAAUCUAACCCUUAAAAAAACAUCUGCCACCAGAUUUUAUAAAGAAAGACAGCAGAAUUUCUUCUUAUUAAAUAUCAUAUUAAAUAUAACAUUUAUGCUAUGUAUUCUAGGAAAUUAGAAACUAGUUCAUCUUGAAAUAACCCACACACAAAGAAAACCACAGUUCAAGUGUGCACCCUGUCAGACUGGAAGAUCCGAGACACAGAAUGAUGUAGUUAGAUUUCUUUACCGCCAUAGUUUAAUGUCUGUUGCGUGGUGCUAGUGGAUGAUUGUUAAUGGUGCAUAUGAAACCAACAGAGUGAUAAAUCUGUCCUGCAGGACCAUACAUUAGAGCUGGAUAAUAUGGACAUCAUAUCACACUGCAAUUGUACUACAAUUGCUAUAGUGUGAUUUUGAUUUAAAAAGCAAAACUUGUGACCCUAAAUGUCAUAUGUAAAAGAGGUCUUGCUCUGUGAUAAUGUUGUCGAGGUCAGUAUUAUAAUUUAAAAUAUCAACAAAUUCAUAAUAGAGUUUAUAGCAUUUUAUACACAUGUUCUUUGAAAUGACUAUUCCUCAUAUAAGUCUAUUUUAAAUAAUUAGAAUUGUUGAAAUAGUUUAAGUGGUUAGAAAUGUGUUAUAAUUAUUCAUCUUUAUUUAUCACCUGAGCUAAUACAUAUACGAAACAGCACAUUCAUUGAUUUUAGACGCAGGCUAUAAAAAUGAUUCCUUCUUAAUGUCCAAGGCAUUGUUUUGCUUUUUUUUUUUUUAUUGUAAUUUUGUAUCCUCGUGUUGACAGAACAAUAUCUUGUCAAAUACAUUUCAAGGUUUCAAAACUAUGCAGUUUUCCCUCCAGAUUUUAUAAACAGUUCUAACUAUAAGAUUUGUAAUAAUAUAUUUAUUCUUAAAAUAUAUUUUAUAAUAAAUCUUUUUAUCUUUUAUGUCUUCUUUUUAGCAUUGUCUUUUUACAGUUGUUGUUACCUAUAGAAGACAUGGAACCUGGGGAUUUUCUCAGUAUUGGUUAUAAUGGAUUUUACAACAGCUUUUAAUUUUACUUCAAAUAUA